AUGUUGGGUACGGGGUUGCAGGUCACGCGCGCCCGCGGAGACGACCGAUUCUACGACCCGGCCAGAGCCCGUAGAGCUCACCAGAACCAGAAAGCCGAGCAACUUCGGCGAGCUCAGAGCGACGUCACGCCAAGCCAAUCGCCUUCGCUCAAGGGUAACCCUAACCGGGAACCCGAGAACAGGGUCGGGUUAGAUGACCCUCCCAAGCCAGUCGCCGUGCCUGCUUUUGAGCCCGUUGUCAAUCCCUUGAGUAAUCUCGAGCGGUUCUUGCAGUCGAUCUCGCCAUCCGUGCCCGCUCAGUACCUCUCUAAGACGACGAUGAGGGGAUUGAGUACUUGCGACGUGGAAUUUCAGCCAUACUUUGUUCUUGGAGAUCUAUGGGAGUCUUUCAAGGAGUGGAGUGCUUAUGGGGCAGGAGUGCCUUUGAUUUUGAAUGACAGUGACUCUGUGGUUCAGUACUAUGUCCCUUAUUUGUCCGGUAUUCAGAUAUACGGCCACUCUAUGAAAUUGCCCACUAAGACAAGGCGGCCAGAUGAGGACAGUGACAGUGACUUCAGGGAUUCUAGUAGUGAUGGAAGCUGUGAUUACGAAACUGAUAGAUUAAAAUAUUUGAGGGAGCAGCGGAAUCAUCAAAAUCUAUCGAGUGAAAUUCCUCGUAGGAUAGACAGAUUAUCUCUGAGAGAGCCGCAUUUUCCACCUCAUGAAGACUGCUCUAGUGACGAGGGUGAAUCCAUAAAUUCUCAAGGCUGCUUGCUAUUUGAGUAUUUUGAGCAGGACCUUCCUUAUUGCCGCGAGCCUUUAGCUGACAAGAUACUAGAUCUUGCCAUCCAUUUUCCUGAGCUGAAGACACUAAGAAGUUGUGAUCUGCUGUCUUCCAGCUGGAUUUCUGUUGCAUGGUAUCCAAUUUACAGGAUUCCAACGGGACCAACUCUAAAGGAUCUUGAUGCGUGCUUUCUGACGUACCAUUCACUUUUUACACCCAUGGGAGGUGUACCAGAUGCCCGGGCUCCUGUAGUGACAUAUCCAAGUGACAUGGAUGGUGUCCCUAAGAUGUCAUUACCUGUUUUUGGCCUUGCUUCAUACAAAUUCAGAGGGUCCUUGUGGACUUCUAAUGGGGGAUCUGAACGCCAGUUAGCUAACUCCCUCUCGCAGGCUGCUGACAACUUUCUAAGAGUGCUGCAGGUCAAUCACCCUGAUUUUGUGUUUUUCAGCCGUAGAUGA